AUGAGUUUUGAUGGCAGGAUUCCUCUUCAUGCAAUGUCUAGAAUGAGUCGUGAGAUAAUUCCUCCCCCACUAGAUGCUUCCAAUACUCUGUAUGUUAAGGAGUUUCCUUCUGACAUCACUAAGAGAGAAGUGGCUCUUAUUUUCUUGCCAUUUAAGGGUUUUGAAGAAUUAAGACUUGUGAGUAAGGAGUCCAGACAUCGUGGUGGAGAUCCUUUUAUCCUUUGUUUCGUGGAUUUCACCAAUCCGGCCUAUGCAGCAACGGCUUUGAGUGCCUUGCAAGGCUAUAAAAUAGACGAGCAUGAUGGAGAUUCUGUCUGCUUGCGACUGUAGUUCUCGAAGAAGCCAGGCCCAAGGUCCGCCUUUGGCUCUGGGCCUCAGUCUUGUGGGAAGAGGUAG